CCAUCUCUGGUGGUUCUGUCAACAAGAUAGGUAUAUGCGACACUGGUAUCCCCCUAACAAUAUAUUUCAACGAAAAUCGAAGAUAUAAAUGGCUGCCAGAAAACCCCAAGGUUAUGCCAAGACCUCGCCAUCUUCGCAUGGGUGAUGUCAUCAAAGCGAGUUCUCGCAAGAAUCACUGACAGCUUCGGAUAUCACCUGUCGUCUCAAGAUUUCAUCUCUUUAUUACUCCUCGACACACCCCUCGACAUGGGAACAAAUACACAGGCGCGAUGACAACAACUCAUGUGUCGCCCACGCAGGCGCAAGCUCUCCUCGGUAUUCUAAGCCAUCAUGAAGCCUACCAAGAGAUCCGGGAUCUCCGCCUGCCAGGAGCUCUCGCCCGGUCAGGCUCCCCUUUCAAGACCGAUGGCGAGCCCAAUGAGAUGCCACUACUACAUGGGCUCUUCUCAUCCUUUUUCGUUCCUCUCCCAGGACUGCGGGAUGUGAGCCCGGAUUUCUACCAAGCCAAGUGUCAAGAGAUCCUUGAAGAGUUCGCCAAGGCGGAUCUCAGCGAGUCAUACGAAGCGGGAUAUAUUGGGAUUCGGAAAACGCUGGCCACCGCAGCUGCGGCUCUGAUAGAGGCCCCAGCGAGAGGAUAUUAUGGUGGAUUUCCAAAGAAGGAUCUGAGCAGGACCGAGCCAGUGUACGAUACGUCUAAUCCAGAGGAUGUGGUGGCGGCAUUUCAGGACUUUCUUCAACAAGUCGUCUACGGAACACUCCUCGAUGAGAUGUUCGCAACAGCGGCGAAGAGCGACAACCUCGAGGAUCAUGAUCUGUUGGUGCAGGCAGCUCACGAAUAUAUUCUUGUCAUUCUGGCUUCCUUCCUUCAUUAUAUCUUCAUUAUCACUCCGGAAGGCCAGACGAUACUUACGAUGAUGAAGCAAGCCAAUGCGAUCGUGCCAUAUGUCGCAAUCAGACAAACACUGAAAAUUGGCAAUGUUGCAACAAUGAUAAAUGCCAUGAUGAAGCUCAUCCUUACGAAGAUGACAUUGAAUAGUGUCACUACUUUCCUUAGGAUAACCAACGCUAGUGAUGCAGGGUGGAAUCUUCUUCAAACCAUCAUCUGGACAGUCGUGAACUGGGAUACGAACAGUCUCAAGAAUCGCAUAUCUGAAAUAGAGAAAAGCACCUCUGGACCAAGUCCUAGCCAACGAGAGAUUUUGCUGAAUUACCUAGAGAUGGACCGCUUGGAGCAUGAGAAGUGUCGGGUAAUGAGCGAAGCUAAAUCAGAGCCAAUUGUGGUUACGAUUAUGGAAGAGUAUGGCGGUGAGGCAUUGAGCGAGACACAGAUACCUCUUGCGCUGGAUUAUUUUUCGGCGAUGGUAUCACUCCAUGACCGGAAGAAGAUCGUCGCAAUCUUGUGCUCGGGUCAGCCAGAUCUGUUAACCCAAGCAGUUCGAGAAUGUGUCACGGCCUACGAUCCUGUCAUUCGAGCCCUUCACAAAGCGGUGGAUCUCAGCGGCACUGUGAGUGAUUUCCAGGCGUUUCUGGAUGAUCUACUGGCUUUCGCGCCAUCAGGCAAGAAUUCUGCCAGUGCAAGUGUCGAGGAUUUCGUCCACCUUCUUAGGAAACACCAGAAGUCGUGCCACAGAUUCAUGCAUCAAGUAUGUAAGAAUGGCCCUGAACUGAGCACUUGGUACAAAGAGUAUGCUCGGGCAUCAGCGUCGCAUUUCCGAGUCAACGAUCAGAAAGAAAACAGCGCAAGCUCCAACUCCGGAGGCGCAGGAAAGUUGACAUCUCAACUGGAACAGGCUCUUUCGCAGCUUCCAGAGAAGGAGAAAUCCCAAGUUCUUGCAGAAUGUGAUGCAUACGCUGCAUAUCACGCACACCUAGCCACAACAUCCAAAUCCGACAUGAUCUUCGAGGUCGAGCAUGAACCUGCACCAAAGAAGUUGAAACGAGUGUUUACCUCCUCAAAACCAGCGACCAGAGAGCCAUCGCCAACCCGGCCCACACCAGGACCCGGCAUGUUUCUCCGGCGCUGGCAAGCAUACCUCAACGCAACGCCCAUCACACCAUCUCAACUCGAGGGACCGGUCAGAUAUGGAGGCGACAUUGAUGUGGUGACUGCUGGACGGAUCCCCAAGACCGGGGCAGCGAAAGACGCGCAGAUCCAGGCUGCCGAGGAUGCGGAUGUGAGAGAUGCCCCGAAAUGCAACAGGACUGUUGAAUUGCUUGCAGCUCGUUUCCGCGAGAUACUGAGGGAAGCGAGUCAUGCAUCACCAAUAGAAGCAGAUAUACAUAUACCAGAGUCUAAGUAGCGAGAGAUACCAAGAGAUACAGGUCAAGCCGCCACAGAGAGGAUUGAAUUUCCUGAGGGUAUGCAUUUCAUUAUGGCGCACAAGUAGAUGUAAUUAUAGAUCGAUAUCUUAACAUUGCGGUUAGUGCAAGCCUAUGUGCUCGUGGUGUGGCUUACCCAGCAUUCAAACUCCGAGAACGUGUAUGCGAAAUUUGAGAGCCAUCAAUAUGCCAAGCAAAACGAUCGAUCUAGUCCAGCCAGUUUCCUGAGCGUUAACAAAAAGUAUUCAGAAAGCUAGCAAUACCUUCCAACGAAUCUUCGUCUGAUCUUACUAUUUUCGUAAUGCAACAAGCAAUAUUUCCAUGCAGUGUGUUUGUUGUUUGGGAAGAAUUUACGACAUGAUGAUAACUCCGUGGUGUUUUGUUGUUGCUUUGUUUUGCGUUCGCCUCACACUGUUAGUGGAUGUAGCACCGAGAGAGGAGAGGGAUACGGGUCAAUAUGGAGAAUAGGCUGUAUGCGUAUUGUACGUUGAACCUCAGUGGUGUCCGAUUGAUGUAGAGUUCAAUGGGCUGGGGCUGAUAUUGGGGACGCAAGCGAGUCCUGAGAGUCCGGAUUGUUUGAAUAUUACGAAGUUGGUUGUGCCGGCUUGUAGUGGGUAGGCUUGGCGGGAAAUCGUGAGAAGCGAAUGUGCAUAUGGAACUUUUAAAUUCGCUCAAGAUAUCCAAAGAAUUCCCACUUUCAGG